AUGACGCCCGCCGAGCUCAGCGUCUUCUUCUCCGUCUACCCGCUCUGCAUCAUGCUCAGCAGCCCGCUGGCGGCGUCCGUGAGCCCCACGAUCGGCCGGCAGACGCUCAUCUGCCUCGGGCUCAUGCUCAGCGGCUCCAGCACUAUUGCGUUUGGAUACGCGACGGGCACAGCGUCGGCCUUCCUGCUGCGGAUCUUCCAGGGACUCGGCUCGGGUGCGGCGGUCGUGGGCUCGUUCUCCAUGAUGUCGGAAGAGUUUGCAUCCCACGUGGGCCAGAUCCUGGCCAUCCAGGAGUUCGUCGUCGCGGCGGCCUUCGUGACAGCGCCGCCACUGGGGAGCUAUCUAUACGAGACGCAGGGCUACGAGAUGCCCUUCCUCGCCUCGGGCGUCGCGCAGAUCGUGGUCGUGAUCAUCGUGCCGUUCAUCUUCAUCGAGUACUCGCUGCCGGACGGGAUCUACGCCGCGCCGAGGGCACGGAGCGCCUCCAGGUCGUUGUACAGGACGCCGUCGUUCAGCAUCGUGCGAUAUAAAGACGUACUCACGCCCACGUGCGUGAUCAGCCUCAUGGUGACGAGCUUCGCCAUGUCGUCGUUCGGCUUCAUCGACCCCUACCUGGGCACGCAUCUGCACAAGGUCCUGGGCGCAGAGCACAUGGCGGUGGGUCUGGGCUUCGCGCUGAGCGCGUUCGUCUACUUCCUGGGCGGCCUCGUGUACGCGUGGCUCAGUCGCAACUGCGGCUCCAAGCAGGUGAUCUUGCUGGGGCUCAUGCUGCUGUCCGUCGGCUUCUUCUUCCUCGGCCCGCCGCCGUUCCUGAACGGCCUGUUCCAGACCACCAGGAGUCUGUGGCUCGCCCAGUACGUCUCGCUGAUGCUCAUGGGGUGCGGCACUGCGUUGGCCAUUGCGCCGGGCCUGCCGCUGACGCUGGCGAGCGUGCAGGACAAGGGCACGCACGGGUCGAACCUCGUGAUUGGCCUGUUCGCCGCCGCCAUCUACCUGGGCCAGGCGCUGGGCCCGUUCAUGGCGUACGUGCUGAUGCGGAUCCUGCCGGCGACGCAUUCGCUCAACUGCACGAGCUCACAAGACAACCCGGAGAGCUCCAUCGUCACAUGCGACUCGUCCCUGCCGUGGGCCUUCACAGUGUACUCGGCGCUGACGCUCGGCCUCUUCGCUUUCGUGGCGGUCCACCUGCCCACAAGCGAGGCCAUCGCGGAGCUCCUGCGGCAGAAGAGGAAACGCGUGCCGCUCAUGCGGCAGCCGUCCGAGUACGGCCAGUUCGUGUGCUUCGACGACGACGACGACAUCGACCAGUGCGUGGACUUCUAA